GCUCACCAUGAAGCAGUGGAUCCUGCAGGCACUGCUUGCCUGGCUGCUGCCCACGCUCCUGGCACAGGGAGAAGCCAGGCAGAGGGGGAUCUCCCAGGCCCAGAACUCCACCAGGCCUGCCCUGCUGAGGCUGUCCGACCACCUCCUGGCCAACUACAGGAAGGGCGUGCGGCCAGUGCGGGACUGGAGGAGGCCCACCACCAUCUCCAUUGAUGUCAUCGUCUACGCCAUCCUCAACGUGGAUGAGAAGAACCAGGUACUGACCACCUACAUCUGGUACCGGCAGUUCUGGACUGAUGAGUUUCUCCAGUGGAACCCUGAGGACUUUGACAACAUCACCAAGUUGUCCGUCCCCACCGACAGCGUCUGGGUCCCAGACAUUCUCAUCAACGAGUUUGUGGACGUGGGGAAGUCUCCAAAUAUCCCAUACGUGUAUGUUCAGCAUCAGGGUGAGGUCCAGAACUACAAGCCCCUCCAGGUGGUGACCGCCUGCAGCCUCGACAUCUAUAAUUUCCCCUUUGAUGUGCAGAACUGCUCGCUGACCUUCACCAGCUGGCUUCACACCAUCAAUGACAUCAACAUCUCCCUGUGGCGCUUGCCAGAAAAAGUGAAGUCUGACAAGAGCAUCUUCAUGAAUCAGGGCGAGUGGGAGUUGCUGGGGGUGUUGCCUCAGUUCCGGAAGUUCACUAUGGAAAGCAGUGACUGUUACGCAGAAAUGAAGUUCUAUGUGGUCAUCCGCCGGCGGCCCCUCUUCUAUGCAGUCAGCCUGCUGCUUCCCAGUAUCUUCCUAAUGGUCAUGGACAUCGUGGGCUUCUACCUGCCCCCAGACAGUGGCGAGAGGGUCUCCUUCAAGAUCACACUCCUCCUGGGCUACUCGGUUUUCCUGAUCAUUGUGUCUGACACGCUGCCUGCCACUGCCAUCGGCACUCCCCUCAUUGGUGUCUACUUCGUCGUGUGCAUGGCUCUGCUGGUGAUAAGCUUGGCCGAGACCAUCCUCAUUGUGCGGCUGGUGCACAAGCAAGACCUGCAGCAGCCUGUGCCUGCCUGGCUGCAGCACUUAGUUCUGGAAAGGAUCACCUGGCUACUUUGCCUAAGGGAGCAGUCAGCCUCCUGUAGACCCCCAACCACCACCCAGGCCACCAAGACCAACAACUGCUCAGCCAUGGGAAACCACUGUAGCCAUUUAGGAGGACCCCAGGACUUGGAGAAGACCCUGAGGGGCAGAGGCGGCCCUCCCCCACCACCACGGGAAGCCUCACUGGCAGUACGUGGGCUGCUGCAAGAGCUGUCCUCCAUCCGACACUACCUGGAGAAGAGGGAUGAGAUCCGAGAGAUGGCCCGGGACUGGCUGCGGGUGGGCUCUGUGCUGGACAAGCUGCUCUUCCGCAUCUACCUGCUGGCAGUGCUGGCCUAUAGCAUCACCCUGGUCACACUCUGGUCCGUCUGGCAUUAUUCUUGAGUGGGCACAGCCCAGCAGGGAAAGGGGUAUAGGGCUGGUUAAGAUGGGGACAUAGGAUUUCCACUUAGUUCCUUCAGGGCCCAGGGGAUGUCAGGGACAUUCCCAAGACACAGAUGCAGUCCCAUACCCCAUUUCCAAUGCCAGUUCAUCUAAGCUAUCCUGAACUAUGGUCUGAACUCCUUGCCCCCAAAUUUAGUGUUUAAGAUCCUUACAGCGAACCCCCAUCCACAGCUGCCUGUUAUGGCUUUACAUCCUGCUAUCUUAGAUUGGGAGAGACCCACGCAUUCCAUAACUUCACUCU